AUGGCCAAGCAGCCCCCCCAGCUGACCAGCAGGGAUUAUGGCUCAGAUGACGCCGCUUCGCUGGGAAAAGGGGGGGGGGUGGAGACCCGCGGAACCAGGCAGGAGGGGCCAUGCUAUGCAAAUGAACACGCGCAAUUCAAAGAAGCCUGGACACGUCAGCGCGCCCAUAGGCCAGGUGAUACUCUAAUAGUUGAAGAGGACACAACCAAACCCAAGACUGAGUCACCUGUAGUUGCAAAAAGGAGUGUCCCUAAUUUUGUCAGGGGGGCAGUGCCUGUACUUGGAAGGAGGGCUGUUCCAGCAGAUAACUCUUGUCUCUUCACAAGCAUAUUCUAUGUGGUAGAGGGGGGCAUUUAUGAUCCAGCAUGUGCUCCAGAGAUGCGCAGUCUUAUAGCUCAGAUAGUGGCAAGUGAUCCGGAGUCCUAUUGUGAGGCAGUACUAGGGAAAACCAAUCAAGAGUACUGUGCAUGGAUCAGAAGAGAAGAUACAUGGGGAGGAGCCAUUGAAGUGUCCAUUUUGUCUAAGUUUUAUCAGUGUGAAAUCUGUGUAGUGGAUACACAGACAGUCCGAAUUGAUCGUUUUGGGGAAGAUGCUGGCUAUGCUAAGCGGGUCCUUCUGAUUUAUGAUGGGAUUCAUUAUGAUCCCCUUGAACGUAAAAUCCCGGACUCAGACAUCCCUCCCCUGACCAUUUUCUCAACAAAUGAUGAUAUUGUUCUUGCACAAGCAUUGGAAUUAGCAGAUGAAGCCAGACGAAAAAGGCAGUUUACUGAUGUAAACCGCUUUACGCUGAGAUGCAUGGUGUGCCAGAAGGGAUUAACUGGACAAGUGGAAGCCAGAGAACACGCAAAGGAGACUGGGCACACGAAUUUUGGAGAAGUGUGACAUCUGCUUGAGGAUGGUUACAUCACUACCUCACUGAUCCAGAAUAAGAUUCUGGGUUUUCAGAUAAGCUGUAUGUAAGCAUAAAAAGCUCCCUUCACAAAGCUUGAAAAGCCCUAUUAACUUAAUUAUUGAGACACACAGGUUUGUUAUGGUUAGUGUGCAGGUUUACAGAUAGGUAUACGGUAGUGAUGCUCUCUUCCCAACUAGUUUGAAAUAGGUAACUUAUUGCAUGCUGGAUUGCAUGCAGAUUUUAAAGUAAGUGGCAGCUGUUUUUGUUGUAUGUCAACAGCUAAAAGUCCUGAUUCCUGAAGAACCUUAUUUUCUGAUGGAGAAGCUGCUGAGACACAUGGCUGGACAUACACUUAAUACUGUACCUAGAGUUACAUAAAGACUUGCAGAAUAACACUGAAAUCUAAACUCUGAAUUAUGGGAUUGAGUUAGAAUCUUUCAGGACUUCUAAAAUGGUGUUAGUUUGGCAUUUAGAGUAAGAAUUACAUAACUUUUAUGCAAUUAAGCAAUGUUUUCAGCAGACACCUACAGUGAACACUUCCUAUAGAAUUGGUAACAAAGCUGUUCUAUAUUGUGUCAUAACGAAAGAAAGAAUACGCAGUCUGAUAGUAAAUUGAGAGAAAGCCUUCUUAAAAUGGAGUAGACAGUUAAAUGGCCAAUAGACUUAAUAUUUCCCCAUAAGCACUAUUUGAAAUGUAGUUUAGUUGCUUGAAAGUUAACUGUUAAUCCCUCAGUUUACACUACAUCAGGAUGUAGUUUCUUGAAAUACUUUGACCCAUACUAAUAUCUGUUACAGCAAGAAGGAAUUACAGUAGUUCAGAUUACAACUAGAUUGUAUUGAUUAAACAUUAAAUCUAGUUUUGCUUAAAUGUGGCUGAUCUUGUGGGCAUGGGAAGUGUUAAGCUGUACCAGGCUCCAAGUAUUAUGUUGGCACUUUUUAAUCUAUGGUUCUCAUUCUUUUAUAGGUCAAAGGCUUGUUCUUUUCAGAAAAUCAGAGCAUUUAUCCAAAAGGGAAAAACUUGAAGUUUCUUUGUAUUGUGCCAGAUAUCAUUUAACUUGCUAGAUUUCUCCCCAGUGAUUAAAUAGCAAGUUCUCAAUUUUAAUAAAGAAUAGAGCAGUUUUUCACAACAAAAUAAGCUAGGUAAAAUGCUCUUGAAGUGAAACAGGGAUGUUGAAACCUGUUAUACUAAAGAAGUAUCGCUUUAUGGGGGAUUGAUUGUGAGCUUAAUAUCAAGUGCUUUGAGAUCAUCUGAAAGAUGUUGUGGCUGUACACAAACAACUUUCUUUUAGAGUAAAUGCCUUAAGACACACAUGUUGAGGCAUUUAAAUUUUUAGCCUUGUUUUGUUACUUUGCUUACAGUUUGAGACCCCUUCUGGACAGUUGAGCAAGAGGGGAACAAAGAUGCAUCCCCUGCCCUGAUCCAGAAAAGCCUCCUGCUUAAGUAAUUUCCUGAAUUGGGGCCCUCAUGAAUCUCUAACUACGGGCAUAAUUCUAUGGUUCUCCGUGGAACUAGAAAUGUGAUUUUAGUUAUAUGUGCAUAGAUAUUUUGCUGUCUUAAGACCUAAAGAAAGCAGUACAUAAAUAAUAUCCACAAGAAUAUAAUGGACCAGAAUUAUUUUAUUCAGUAUUAAGUGACACUUCUCAUGUUUAUUAUAGAAAUCAAGUGAGCUGUCAUUGUUAAGCCCACUUAGCUUUUACACUUGUUUUUAAUGCUAGACUAGAAGCAGAUACUUAAAGCUAUUGUAAUGGGAGUGUAUUUCAUAUGCCUUUAAAUACUGUAUUCUAAAUAGUUGAGAUGAAGCUGAUUUGUGACUAGACCAAGGGACUAUCAGAGUCUAUAUUCUCAAUUUUGUCAGUGAAUGGUGAUAUACACUAGACAAAUUACUACACCUCACAGAGGUAUUGAGACUGUUUGAUAGUUUGUAAAGUGCUUUGAUGAAAGGUGCUACAUAAAUAUAAAGUACUAUUAUUCUGUGC